ACGAUAUAAUGGCUGCAGCAAACAUGGUGACUGCUAUUUCAAGCAACGUGAGGCAUAUCCGCCCUCCCAUCGUCACUUACAAGCCAAACAUGUGGGGUCACAUUUUCUCAACAUUUUCUUACGAUCAUCAGCAAACAUGGUGACUGCUAUUUCAAGCAACGUGAGGACGCAUAUCCGCCCUCCCAUCGUCACUUACAAGCCAAGCAUGUGGGGUCACACUUUCUCAACAUUUUCUGACCAUCAUCAGGUGCAGGAGAAGUAUAGCAAGGAAAUGGAAGCAUUGAAGAAAGAAAUAAGAAGCAUGCUAAUGGCUGCCAAGUCUACCAAACUUAUGGUUUUGAUCGACCAAAUUGAGCGUUUGGGACUCUCAUAUCAUUUUGAGAUAGAAAUCGAAGAGAAACUCAAACAAGUUUAUGAUGCCGCAGACGAUUGCGACUUGUUCACUACUGCGCUUCGAUUUCGUUUGCUCAGACAACAUCAAUAUCAUGUUUCUUGCACUGUUUUCGACAAAUUUGUUGAGAAAGACUGCAAAUGGAUAGGAGACCGCCUUCGCAGCGACGUCGAAGGCAUCUUAAGUUUGUACGAGGCAGCUCAUGUCCGAAUUCGCGACGAAAAAAUAUUAGACGAAGCUUUGGAAUUCACAGUUGUUGAACUGAAUCAUAUGUUACCAACAUUAGAGUCUCCCACUAAAGAGAAAGUGCAGCAGGCUUUGAAGCACUCCAUUCAUAGGAGUCUUCCACUAUUGAAUAUCCGCUUUUACAUUUCUGUCUACGAAAGAGAUGGAACGACGAAUGGAUUGCUUCUCAAACUAGCCAAAUUGAAUUUCAAUUUCUUGCAGAAUAUCUACAGGAAAGAACUUGCUGAAAUUAUGAGGUGGUGGGAUAAAUUUGACCUAAAGAACAAAUUGCCAUAUGCAAGAGACAGAAUGGUGGAGUGUUAUCUGUGGGGCAAUGCGUUUCGCUACGAACCUCAAUACUCAUACCUUCGAGUAGUUGUUGCCAAAAACAUGCAACUUGCUACAAUUAUGGAUGACACCUAUGAUAAUUAUGGAACACUUGAAGAAGAUGACCUUUUUACUGAUAUGUUGGAGAGGUGGAAUUUGGAUGAGAUUGAUGUACUCCCAGAAUUUAUGAAAGUUGUUUAUAGAUUCAUUAUGAGUGUAUACGAAGAUUAUGUAGGUGAAGCUGAAAGGCAAGGAAAAUCCUUCGCAGUCCCUUACUAUAGAGAAACAGUGAAACAACUUAGUAGGGCUUAUAACAAAGAGCAGAAGUGGAUCAUGGAACGACAAAUGCCACCUUACGAAGAGUAUAUGACGAAUUCAGUGAUUACGAGUUGUAUGUAUGUGAUGUUCACAGCUCUUGUCCCUGGCAUGAAAUCUGUGAAUGAAGAAGCAGUUCAAUGGCUACUGAGUGAGCCCAAAAUCGUAAUUUCCAUUGCUAAGAUGGGUCGAACCCUCGACGACUUAGGCAGCCAUGAACGCGAGAAUAGAGAAGGAAAGCUGCCAACAGUGGUGGAUUGCUACAUGAAGGAUAAAGGUGUAUCAAAGCAAGAGACCAUUUCUGAGUUUGUGGAAAUUGUUGAGAAUGAAUGGAAGGAUAUAACUGCGGAGUGGGCUAAGGGAAGCUCUUUCCCUAAGGAAUUGGUGGAGCAACUCUUGAACUAUGGCCGCAUAGCUGAGAUCACUUACAAUAACAAACAAGACUGCUACACUGACCCAGAAAAGUAUUUGGGGCCAUUGAUUGCAGCUCUUUACACGGAUCCUCUUCUCAUUUGAUUAUGCAUCGUCUUUCUCGGUUUACUAAAUGCCCAUCUUCUAAAGAUUGAGCCAUAUCUUUUUAUUUAACUAUAUGUUAUGAUAUGAAUAAUGCUGGUCGAUGUGUGGAUC